AAGCUCGGAAACUCUGGGUCCUGACUCGGAUUAAGUGGAACUGACACAUUUUUCUUUGUUCUUUUUUCUGGUCUUUCAGAGCUGAUAUUGCACUGAUUGGACUGGCUGUCAUGGGCCAGAACUUGAUUUUGAACAUGAAUGACCACGGCUUUGUGGUCUGUGCUUUUAAUAGGACGGUCUCCAAAGUUGAUGACUUCUUGGCCAAUGAGGCGAAGGGAACCAAGGUGGUUGGUGCUCACUCCUUGGAGGAAAUGGUCUCGAAGCUGAAGAAGCCUCGGCGGGUCAUACUGCUUGUGAAGGCUGGUCAGGCUGUUGACGAUUUCGUUGAAAAGUUGGUUCCAUUGUUGGACACCGGCGACAUCAUCAUUGAUGGAGGAAAUUCUGAAUACAGGGAUACCACAAGACGAUGUCGAGACCUCAAGGCCAAGGGAAUCCUGUUUGUGGGGAGCGGAGUUAGUGGUGGAGAGGACGGGGCCCGGUAUGGCCCAUCCCUUAUGCCAGGAGGGAACAAGGAAGCCUGGCCCCACAUCAAGACAAUCUUCCAGGGCAUCGCUGCGAAAGUGGGGACUGGAGAACCCUGCUGUGACUGGGUGGGAGACGAGGGAGCAGGACACUUUGUGAAGAUGGUGCACAAUGGGAUAGAGUAUGGCGACAUGCAGCUCAUCUGUGAGGCUUAUCACCUGAUGAAAGACGUUCUGGGCAUGGAGCAUAAUGAGAUGGCGAAGGCAUUUGAGGAAUGGAAUAAGACGGAGCUGGACUCGUUCCUGAUCGAAAUCACAGCCAACAUUCUCAAGUUCCAAGACAGCGAUGGCACACACCUGCUGCCGAAAAUCAGGGACAGCGCGGGGCAGAAGGGCACCGGGAAGUGGACCGCCAUCUCGGCCCUGGAGUACGGCAUGCCCGUCACCCUCAUCGGAGAAGCGGUCUUUGCUCGAUGUUUAUCAUCUCUGAAGGACGAGAGGAUUCAAGCUAGCAAAAAGCUGAAGGGUCCUCAGAAGAUCCAGUUUAAAGGUGAUAAGAAAUCAUUUCUGGAGGACAUUCGAAAGGCCCUCUAUGCUUCCAAGAUCAUCUCUUACGCUCAAGGCUUCAUGCUGCUAAGACAGGCGGCCACUGAAUUUGGCUGGACCCUCAACUAUGGUGGCAUCGCCUUGAUGUGGAGGGGAGGCUGCAUCAUCAGGAGCGUGUUCCUAGGAAAGAUCAAAGAUGCGUUUGAUCGAAACCCAGAACUUCAGAACCUGCUCCUGGAUGACUUCUUUAAAUCAGCCGUCGAAAAUUGCCAGGAGUCCUGGCGGCGGGCAGUCAGCACGGGCGUCCAGGCGGGCAUCCCCAUGCCCUGCUUCACCACCGCGCUUUCUUUCUACGACGGGUACCGACACGAGAUGCUGCCAGCCAACCUGAUCCAGGCUCAGCGGGACUACUUUGGGGCUCACACCUAUGAACUCUUAGCCAAACCGGGGAAGUUCAUCCACACUAACUGGACAGGCCAUGGCGGCAGCGUGUCAUCCUCUUCAUACAACGCCUAGAUCAGAGCCGUCGUGUUACGCACCACGAUUCCACAGACAAGGACAUUCCGUUUGCCACACAGCACUGCUUACAUGGCCCUUUGCCCUACUUUCUGCUCAGAUCUUUUCAAAUAAAGUGUCAUAAGAGACUCCAAAAAAAGCCAGCCCGAGCUUACUUGUGAAGUAGUUCUCUGCCCUUGCCUCUUGGGACUGACCAGGAAUUGGCCAUGUGCGAUAGCACACACCAGCUCCUUGAAGCAGCUACUUUCCACGUGUCCCCUGUGAUGUCCCCGGUGGAUUAGGGAGGCAGUAGGGAGGCAGUCUGUUUGCCCUGAUGGAGGCAGCAGCUCUUAUCACACAGAAGGGAGGGUAUUUUUGGAAUCUGAUCACUGGAAACUUUGUAUCAUGCAGCUGAAUUCUCUUUCUCCUCUAAUCAAUAAAAGCUACCUUAUAUUUAUGCUUUUCCUCCGACUGUUAAAUACUCUCACCUCAGUCACACGGAGUCGUUAUCCACUGGCAGAAAGCUUUGCAACCACUUUCAUUACAUUUGAAUCAGUUUGUUUCCUUCUAGCCUUAAUUUUUCCCUCUUUAUUUUCUUUCUAAAAGAGACUCAAGAAUAAUACAAGAACGAGGAGGCAGGGAGUGAGUGGACAGGGGACUUGAAUGUGUCGGUUAUUUUUUUUCUGAAGUUGGGCAAUGGGUAGACGGAUGCUCAUUGUAACGUGUGCUUUUUUGUAUUUCAAAUAUUUCAUAAUAAACAUUUUAGAGAAUUACAUUUUAAACGA